GCCCAUUUGAGAAAGCCUCACAUUUCAGGGCGUGGUCAUAGACGCAAGUACGAUAGGGGCGUGUCCUUUCAGGAUCUGACGCGCCUUCCAGUUCACUCAGGCAGUCGUCAGGCGGGCGGAGUGGACGGUUGUUUUGUUUUUCUCUUCGGAUUAAGGUUUCAGAGGAAAUUUCCAGCAGAGACCCUUCCAGCAGAAGACAGACAUGUUUAACCUAAGGACUUGUGCCUCUAAACUCCGGCCUUUAACGGCCUCCCAGACUAUACGAUCCCUUAAACACAACAGGCCUGCGGCCCCCAGGACGUUUCAGCAGUUCAGGUGCCUCAGUACACCUGUGGCCGCAGAGCCUUUUCUCAGUGGGACUAACUCCAACUAUGUGGAGGAAAUGUACUAUGCUUGGCUAGAGAACCCUAAGAGUGUCCAUAAGUCAUGGGACAUCUUCUUCAGGAAUGCAAAUGCAGGCGCAUCCCCCGGUGCAGCUUACCAAAGUCCCCCGUCUCUUGGGAGCAGUCUGUCCACCCUUACCCAGGCUCAGUCAUUGCUCCAUGCCCAGCCUAAUGUAGACAAGCUUGUGGAGGAUCAUCUCGCUGUACAAUCUCUCAUACGUGCCUAUCAGAUCCGUGGGCACCAUGUUGCUCAGCUUGACCCACUUGGCAUUCUGGAUGCAGAUCUGGACUCGUGCGUGCCAGCAGAUAUUGUCACGUCCUCAGACAAACUCGACCUGCAAGCAUUCAUGGAGCGACUGCGUGUUCUCACUGUGGGAGGCUUUUAUGGGCUGCAGGAAUCUGACCUGGAUAAAGUCUUCCAUCUCCCGACCACUACGUUCAUUGGAGGCAAUGAGAUGGCUCUGCCCCUGAGAGAGAUCAUCCGAAGGCUGGAGAAUGCAUACUGCCAGCACAUCGGAGUGGAAUUUAUGUUUAUAAAUGAUCUGGAACAAUGUCAGUGGAUAAGGCAGAAGUUUGAGGCCCCAGGAAUCAUGCAGUUUAAUAAUGAAGAGAAGAGGACCCUGCUUGCCAGGCUGGUUAGAUCUACCAGGUUUGAAGAGUUUCUCCAUCGCAAGUGGUCUUCUGAGAAACGCUUUGGUUUGGAGGGCUGUGAAGUCUUGAUACCUGCUCUGAAAACCAUCAUUGAUAAAUCGAGUGGGAAUGGGGUGGAUUAUGUCAUUAUGGGGAUGCCUCACAGGGGCCGAUUGAAUGUGCUGGCCAAUGUGAUUAGGAAAGAAUUGGAGCAGAUUUUCUGUCAGUUUGAUUCCAAACUGGAAGCUACAGAUGAGGGCUCUGGAGAUGUUAAGUACCACCUGGGAAUGUAUCACAGGAGGAUAAACCGAGUGACUGACCGAAACAUCACCCUGUCCUUGGUGGCCAACCCCUCCCAUCUGGAGGCAGCAGACCCUGUGGUCCAGGGAAAGACCAAAGCUGAGCAGUUCUACUGUGGAGACACCGAGGGCAAAAAGGUGAUGGCCAUCCUUUUGCAUGGUGAUGCUGCAUUUGCUGGACAGGGCAUUGUAUACGAGACCUUUCACCUUAGUGACCUCCCAUCCCACACUACACAUGGCACUGUACACGUGGUGGUGAACAAUCAGAUUGGUUUCACCACUGACCCUCGAAUGGCUCGCUCCUCCCCCUACCCAACGGAUGUGGCCAGAGUGGUGAAUGCCCCCAUCUUCCAUGUCAAUGCAGAUGACCCUGAAGCUGUGAUGUAUGUUUGUAAUGUGGCUGCUGAAUGGCGAAGCACCUUCCACAAGGAUGUCGUGGUAGAUCUGGUUUGUUACCGUAGGAAUGGUCACAAUGAAAUGGAUGAGCCCAUGUUCACCCAGCCGCUCAUGUACAAGCAGAUUCGUAAGCAGAAGGCCGUGCUACAGAAAUACGCAGAGACCCUCAUCUCUCAAGGAGUGGUCAACCAACUGGAAUACGAGGAGGAAAUUUCAAAAUAUGACAAGAUUUGUGAGGAGGCGUUUGCCCGAUCUAAAGAUGAAAAGAUCCUCCAUAUCAAGCACUGGCUGGACUCCCCCUGGCCUGGUUUUUUCACCCUGGAUGGGCAGCCCCGCAGCAUGACCUGCCCUUCUACUGGGCUCACUGAGGAGGAUCUGACGCACAUUGGAAAUGUGGCCAGCUCUGUGCCUGUGGAGGAUUUCAUGAUCCAUGGAGGUCUCAGCCGUAUACUCAAAGGCCGCGGGGAGAUGGUAAAGAACAGGACUGUGGAUUGGGCCCUUGCAGAGUACAUGGCAUUGGGUUCCUUGCUUAAAGAAGGCAUUCACAUCCGACUGAGUGGGCAGGAUGUAGAGAGAGGCACCUUCAGUCACCGUCACCAUGUGUUGCAUGAUCAGAAUGUGGACAAGAGGACAUGUAUCCCAAUGAAUCACCUGUGGCCUAACCAGGCUCCUUACACUGUGUGCAACAGCUCCUUGUCUGAAUAUGGGGUGCUUGGGUUUGAACUGGGAUUUGCCAUGGCGAGCCCAAAUGCCUUGGUUUUAUGGGAGGCCCAGUUUGGAGAUUUCCACAACACGGCUCAAUGCAUCAUCGACCAGUUUGUUUGUCCAGGUCAAGCCAAGUGGGUGCGGCAGAAUGGAAUUGUAUUGCUCCUGCCACAUGGUAUGGAGGGCAUGGGUCCAGAACAUUCCUCCGCCAGACCAGAACGUUUCUUGCAGAUGUGCAAUGAUGAUCCAGACGUGUGGCCUAAAGCCUCUGAAGACUUUGCUGUAGGGCAGCUUUACGACUGCAACUGGAUCGUUGUCAACUGCUCCACUCCAGCCAAUUUCUUCCAUGUGAUCCGCAGACAGAUCCUGUUGCCUUUCCGCAAACCGCUGAUUGUCUUCACUCCCAAGUCCCUCUUGCGCCACCCUGAAGCCAGGUCAAGUUUUGAUGACAUGUUGCCGAGCACUCAUUUUCAGAGAAUUAUCCCGGAAGCAGGCCCCGCAUCCCAGAACCCAGAGGGGGUGAAACGCUUGAUUUUCUGCACAGGGAAGGUGUACUAUGAGCUCACUAAAGAACGCUCAGGCCGUGACAUGGAAGGGGACGUGGCUAUUGCUCGAGUGGAGCAGUUGUCUCCAUUCCCGUUUGACCUUGUGGAGAAGGAGGUGCAGAAGUACCCCAAUGCUGACUUGGUUUGGUGCCAGGAAGAGCACAAGAACCAGGGCUAUUACGACUACGUGAAGCCCAGGCUACGUACUACAAUACACCGCACUAAACCUGUCUGGUAUGCUGGGCGUGACCCUGCCGCUGCUCCUGCCACCGGCAACAAGAAAACCCACCUGACGGAACUCCGACGUUUUCUCGAUACUGCGUUUAACUUGGAUGCCUUCAAGGGCCACUUUUAGACCUGCACCUACUUCUCUCCUUUUGCGCUCCCCGACUCUUCAUCUGUACAGGGGACUCUCCAUGUCUUUCCUUGUCCUUUGGCAGAGAAGCUUCUCUAAGUCAUUUUGGUUUGUUGCUGCUAUUAAUGUGCCCCCCAACACAAGCUUAUCCACAGGUAGUGGAGGAGAGGGGAUGUGGUUGGUACCCAUAUACAUCGGGCAUUAACCUCAAGGGCUGUUUUUGAUUCCUUUUAAAAUGGUGUUAGUAUUAGCGACUCCGAACAAUCUGCAUUCAGUUGUCCACUAUCUUUUAAAGUAAGAUGUCUGAAUUACAACUCUGAGCCUGACUGGUGAAUUCUGGGAGCUAUAAUUCAGCAAUUGGAGAGACACAAGUUACUUGUCCUUUAAAGAAGUUCUUCCUGCCAGUCUUUUAUUCCCUUUACUGCUGGCUGGUCCUGCAAGGCACUGGAAUGGGUGUAUGACAGAUAAUUGCAAUGGGCUGUUUUAUUCUAUUCAGAUUGGGUUACUAACCUGUGUUUUACCCCCUCUUAUUGCACAUCUACAGCCCUUUGUAUAUAUAGAUACCAUUGUUUCUGUACAGAAGUGUCUGUGAGAAGGAUGUUACGGAUAUGCACCAGACUGCAGUUCUAUUCCCUCCAUAGUUAAUAUGUUGCAUAAGGACCCCCAGUAAAUGCCUUGCAGAACUUUGUACAUGGAUAAAUAUUUUACCAGAUAUCCCGACACCCCCCCCCCCUUUUAUGUCCUAGUAUCAGGCGAAUACCCAUUUGGCUUCACUAGACCUUUUAUUUGCAUGAGGGAAAUGCAGAGUGUAGGGCAAAUGCUCCUUGUUUAGAUUUUAACCCUUUCUCUUUCCAGCCGCUUUUUUAGGAGGUUCAAUUAUUUUAUGUGCAGCUGCAAAACUAUAAGAGAAGAGGAUUGAUCUCUGACCUCCGCUGCCUGUCCCCGCUCUUCUCCCACCAUGCACUGCCCCUCUUAUAUACAAGCUUGCAUAUCAUUAUCUUGGCAAAGAAUUCUGGGUAACACUCCAUCCUUUUAGCUAUGCAUUUUUUUUUAAAGAAAUACCCAGCAUUCUUUGCUGUCUUAACCCAUUCUCUGCCAUCCCUAGUUCCUGUGGUUGAUAAAAAUAAACAGUCCCUUUACAGCCACACGUGCCAAAUUCCCAAACGCAGAAGGAAGAGGCGGUGAGGAAAAAAACCAAGCGUGUCCCAGGAACCAAUCAAGCUAAAGGAUUUUAUAAGCAGGCCACUGACAAAAACAAUCUUAUUUAUUUUGUUAAAUAAAAUGAUCUAAAUAUA